AUGGCCUCUAAGCUGUGGACAAAGGAGGAAAUUAGCUGUCCAGUCUGUUUGAACACCCUAACAGAGCCUACAACUCUUCCAUGUGGACACAACUUCUGUCUCGACUGUAUCAGAAAAUGCUGGGAUGAGAGUGGUAGUAUCAGCAGCAGAAGCAACGCGGUUUCCUGCUGUCCUCAGUGUCGAGAGACAUUCAGAUUGCGCCCCACACUGACUAAGAACUCAAUGCUGGAAAAGAUGGUGGAGAAGCUAAAGAUUACUUUACUCGAUACACCUCCUGGGUAUGCGUACGACGGGCCUGAAGACGUGUUGUGUGACGUGUGUACUCUUCUAGGGUCCAGGAGGAAGGCAAAGGCUGUGAGGGCCUGUCUGGAGUGUAAGCUGUUCUACUGCCAGUCUCACCUUAGAGCCCACCUGGAUAUCCCUCUGUUACAGAAGCACACUCUGGUGGGUGUGGUGGUCAAGGAGCUGCAGCUGGAGAAGCUGUGUCCCCAGCAUGACAAACCACUGGACAUGUACUGCAGACUUGAGAGGAGGUGUAUCUGUUCUCUGUGUGCAGUUGAGGAACACAAAAGCCAUGAAACUGUCUCCGCUGAGACUGAACGGGCCAAGAAACAGGCACUGCUGGCAGUGGAACAGAGAAAAUCCAACAGUAAACUCCAGAUGAAAGAGGAGCUGCUGACACAACUGGGAGAUGCUGCGGGAUCUCUUAAAGGAUUUGCACAAGCUGCAAUGGAGGUCAGUGACAUGAUCUUCGUUGAGCUGAUCCACUCCCUAGAAAAGAGGAGAGCAGAGGUGAGGGACUCCAUCAACAAUAGGGAGAAGACUCUGGCUGCUCAGGCAGCAAGAGCAGAGACACGACUGAGACAGGACAUAACAACACUGCAAAGGAGAAACAGCGAUCUGGAGAAACUCGCCCAAACACAAGACAGCAUACUUUUUAUCCAGAGGUGGCAACCCAUCAGCCUGCUGCCGGAUCGUGAACCUAGUGUUAUCAGUGAAAGACAUUCAUUUGGACCUGUGAUGUCAAUUAUCACUGAAUUCAAGGAGCUGCUUGAGGACAUGAAUGUUGACUUAUUAGAAAAGAUUGAACAAGCAGUUGCAAAUGUGGACAUUUUGGAAUCUCCUGUACCCAUGACCAAACCUCAGGGCAGGCAAGUGAUGAGAGCCCAUUCUGAAUGCCAGCCAAUGCCACCGGUGCCAUUGCAAAGAGCAUGGAGCAUGAGCAGAGCUAUCACAUUUGGAAUUCCGAAGACCAGACCCGAUUUCUUACACUAUGCUUUUCAACUCACUCUAGACACUGAUACAGCACACCACAACUUGUGCUUCUCUGACCAGAACCGCAAGGUGACUCUGGUCAAGUCCAGAGGUAAAUCCAGGACCAGGUCACGUCUCCCGAAGACCUUUGACUUCUGGGAACAAGUGCUGUGCUGGGAGGGCUUGACCGGUGCCCGUUACUACUGGGAGGCAGAUUGGAGAGGCAAAGGAGUGUUCAUUGGAGUGACCUAUGAGAGCAUUCAGAGGGGAGGCAGGGGACUAGAGUGUGGGCUGGGGUACAAUGUAAAGUCAUGGAGCUUACAGUGCUCUGACACCAAUUACUCAGCAUGGCACGAUAACAUUGAAACCAAGAUCACUGCCAAGGUCUCAUCCCCUAGAAUAGGGGUUUAUUUAGAUCACAAAGCAGGAACUCUGUCUUUUUACAGCAUCUCUGACUCCUCCAUGAUUCUGCUCCAUAGUUUUUUGUCAGAGGACUUCUCAGAGCCACUGUAUCCUGGUUUUGGUGUUGGGGUACAAUCCUCAUUGAUACUUUGCCAAUUGAGGACAUAGACAUGCCAAUCACUCUUUGCAACUGACUUGUAAGAUUGUUUCACAUAUUAUUAGGCUAUUUUGCAUUCAGAACUACAAUGAUCCCAAUCUGUUUUGUAUGAAGCUGCUCAGUGCCAUAUUUCUUAUCCUUAGCUAUCCAAUCCUUUCUGAUCUACAAGUGCCAAGGGGUUAUGGGGGCUUCUGGACAUGGUAUCCCUCAUGGUGUUGUAACCACAGUUAAUAACUGUUACAUUCCGGUACAUAGAUAGCGCUUCCAAAGACGCCUUAUAUUAAUUUCAAAGAAACUAAAAUCCUAACAAAAACACAGCAAAAUUAAACCGAACCAAAACAGGAAACCAAAAAACGGAUGCUAAGAGAAUAGCCUGGUCCUU